AUGGCGGUUCAGACUACUGCCAUUUUGGUCGUCCUAUUGAUCUUGGUCCCGAUCUACGUCGUCUACAAGCCGCCCAAGUUGGCCAUCAGCUACUUCCAACAGCGCUUCCCGGAAGUUCUGUUCCAGGUCAACACGGCGAGGAAGAUUAUCGCGCUUACGAUCGAUGAUUCGCCAAGUCAGUAUACUCGCGAGAUAGUGGACAUUUUGAAAACCAACGACGUCUCCGCAACAUUCUUCGUCAUCGGAAAUCAAGUCUCGCAACAUCCCAACGUUCUGGCUGAGAUUGUUGCUUCUGGUAGCGAGCUUGGAAAUCACGCCAUGCACGACGAGCCGACUGUUUCUCUGACCAAUGCGGCCCUUGAUGCGGAAAUACGAGAAGUCGAUGGCUAUAUUGAACAAGCCUACAAGACCUCGAACAAAGACCGCGACCUCCACUUGUUCCGUCCUGGCUCCGGAGUCUUCAGUCAACGCAUCUUGGAUGUGGUCACCACAGCCGGCUACAAAACAAUCCUUGGCAGCAUCUAUCCGCAUGAUCCAUUCAUCAGCACGUGGAGACUGAACGCCUGGCACAUUUUGAGCAUGCUCAGGCCAGGUGCGGUCAUCAUCUGCCAUGAUCGGCGCCCGUGGACGGUGCCAAUGCUGAAAAAGGUUGUUCCGGAGAUGAAGAGGAAAGGCUAUGAAAUCGUUUCUGUGUCGAAAUUCCUGGAAUUGACCAAGACGUGA